AUGCAAGUCGAUAACUUAACAAAGCCUGCCUUAUGGGUGAACAUAGGUGUCUUCUUUGCCGUUCUCGUCGUUAAACUAAUAUGGCAGAGAACAAAGCAUCUCAGGGUUUUCAAUAAUCGGCAGCGUACCGUGGGUGACCCAACUGUAUCAAACAUGCGAAUCAAGGGGUUCGAAAAGUACCGAAUCAGAAUGGGCUUGAAGAAAAUGGAUCAAGAAAACUGGUUAACGAUUGAUAAGGAUGAUAUGGCGUUACAAGCUAUUCGUAACGGUCUUUUCGAAACUGAAAAAGAAAAAAAGGUCCAAUGCUUGCCGGAGGCUAGAAAUGCUUGCCAGGAAGCCUUGGAAGAAGUAUGCGGAUUUUUGUGCAGAAGACAUCCGACAAUGUUUGAAAUAUCCUCGUCCGGCACGGAGUCUAGGAUAAAGAAUAAGGUCACUGGGGAAGAAUAUUGUCUUGAAGAAUGGAACAGCAGUAUAACACCGCUUGAGAUUGCUGCGAGACUAGGCAUGGACGACUUAACCAUCAUUCUCAAGAAUGAAGAGGGGGGGCAUUAUAUGGCUGCAACUGCUAGUUGCUUUCAAAUCGGCUGGUCUGCAAAUGAGCGAGUAGGAGACACUAUUGCUCAGAUGCAUGGCCCCGUGCCGCAAUGGGAAAAGGAGAUAGGAUAUGCAGUCAACAAAUUCAUGACACGUCUGACCCUCGAAAGCCCAAUGGAAAGGGCAAGUUACUUUAUCCAAGUGAGCUACCCAGAGCAGUCGUUGUCGCAAAUACUUUUUCAGCCUGAAGGGAUUGUGCAUAAAGAUGUAGAGCCGCGACCGGAGCACAUCAUUGUUCGAAAGGAGAGACAAACAUUCCGCCGGCUCUCAAAAUCAGGUGGCAUUCUCUUUGGCGUCAAGACGUCUCUGACAUAUUUGCCCGACCUCCCGCUUGACGAGUUGCAAAAUAUGGUCAAGGAGAUCAAUAGUUGGCCAGAGGACAUGGCAAGGUAUAAAGGAAGAGACCACUGGGGUCAUAUCGUGCUUGGCCAUUGCAAGCGACGAGAGGAAGGGCACAAGAGCUAG